CUUUACAAGGUUCUGGUUUCAGUAAAUAAGACAAACAAAAAAAAAAAAGCAACAAUAAGAAGUCAAAAACACCUUUUCAUGCUACAGAGAAACUGGGACACUCAAAAUCCUCCAACUUGAAGACUUUCAAGUCAGUGUACAGUAUUGUGUGUGUGUGUGUGUGUGUGUGUGUGUGUGUGUGUGUGUGUGUGUGUGUGUGUGUGUGUGUGAAUAUGUGCAUGGGAAAUACCCACCCCUAUGUAAUAGUGUGAAAAUUUUAAGCUGUAAAUUACAUUUAUACACCCCUGUGUAAAAAGCCAGACAAGAGGAUUGUGUGUGUGUGUGUGUGUGUGUGUGUGUGUGUGUGUGUGUGUGUGUGUGUGUGUGUGUGUGUGUGUGUAUUGUCCUUGGACAUGCUUUUUUCCCACCCAGCGAACCCUGGGAGUGGUGGGUGGGUUUGUCUGCGGCAGGCAUAGAUGACACAAGUUUUCCCACCGUCCAUCGUCCUCCCUGUCCGACUUCCCGAGUCACAGCCUGGUUUUUUUUCACAUGUUGACUUCACAUCUGCUGAAAGUUUCUCCUUCCUCCUACCACCAGAAAGCUGAAGAGAAGUGAAAGACAGCAUGAUUUCUAUAAGACUAUGGCCCACAGUGAGGAGGACCUCAUUGGGAUCCCCUUUCCGAAUCACAGCAGUGACGUCCUGUGCAGUCUGAACGAGCAGCGGCGUGCUGGCUUCCUGUGUGAUGUGGUCCUGGUGGUGAAGGACCAGGAGUACCACACACACCGCUCUGUGCUGGCGGCAUGCAGUCAGUACUUCAAAAAACUCUUCACCGUGGCCACGGGCAAUGGUGACCCCAGCCAUCAUGGUGUUUACGAGCUGGACUUUGUAGCACCCGAAUCGCUGACAGCCAUUUUGGAGUUUGCGUACACGUCGACGCUGACGGUGACACCUUCCAACGUGAAGGAGAUCCUGGGGGCAGCGCGGCUUUUGGAGAUCCCAUGUAUCAUUAACGUAUGCUUGGAGAUCAUGGACACUGGAGGAGGGGGCGGUACUGGUGGCAGAGAAGGAGAUGAAGAAGAGGAUGAGGAAGAAGAUGAGGAAGAGGAGGAAGAUGAGGAAGAAGAGGAAAUGGCGGAAGAGGCAGAGAUCGACUCAAAAGAUGGCGAAGUUGCAGAACGAGACGAGGACAACCUCAGUGAGAGAUCGCUUCAAGCCGACGUUUCUGAAAACCAGCAGAACCGAAUCACUGGCACAGAGCGAGGAGCAGACAGCCCCGCAUGCAGCUCACAACAAAAAGUACACGCAGAAAGAGAGUCAAACUCUCAAAAAUGUCAGUCACGUACUCCAGAAAAACCCAGAGAACAAGAAGGAUUGGAAGGCAAAGCACUGAAAGACUUUUCUAUCGAGUCCCUGUUGCAGGAAGGGCUGUACCAAAAGAUGCCAGGAUUGGAGAGGGGAUCAGGCUUCACCUCUCUUCUUCCUGGAUUCUAUCCUCCAAUUUGGGCUGCAGAGUUUCCAGGCUUCCCACAACUCCUGGAUCCCCAAUGCCCACCUCACCCUUACCCAACUGCUUCAUUGGACAAUGGGCCUUUGGAUCUCGCCAUCAAGAAGGAAGUCAUCAAAGAGGAACUAAAAGAUGAUCUUCCCAGUGCUCUGCUCCACAGAGAAUUCCUCAAAGACUUUGUAAGUCCAAGUGUCGGGGCAGCUCCUGAGCCCUCUCUUGGCCAGAUUAAGGAUGAAGCAGAUCUGCGAAAUUACUUGAGUUUUCUCUCAGCAUCCCACCUAGGGUCACUGUUUCCACCAUGGCAGCUUGAGGAAGAGAGGAAGCUGAAGCCCAAAGCGUCACAGCAGUGUCCCAUCUGUAACAAGGUCAUCCAGGGUGCAGGCAAACUACCUCGGCACAUGAGGACGCACACAGGCGAGAAGCCCUACAUGUGUACCAUCUGCGAGGUUCGCUUCACAAGGCAAGACAAGUUAAAGAUCCAUAUGCGCAAGCACACCGGCGAGCGACCCUACAUGUGCCUGCACUGCAACUCCAAAUUCGUGCACAACUAUGACCUAAAGAACCACCUGCGUAUCCAUACAGGCGUACGGCCCUACCAGUGUGAGCACUGCUACAAAAGCUUUACCCGCUCUGACCACCUGCACCGGCACAUCAAGCGCCAGAGCUGCCGCGUGUCACGGCCACGCCGGGGCCGCAAACCCUCCUCCUCAUGGCGCUCCUCGUCUGGCUACUUCUACCCUCCAGAUGCCCAUCCACUACAAGGAGACCAAACAUUGCGCUUGCCAUCCCUUGGGGCACCAGUGCCUCCUCAACUGCCCCCUGAAAGACGGCAGGAUUUAGACAGUGGAAGCAUCAGAGAGAAUCUGACUGACAGGAAGCUCAUCUCAGAGGAUGUGGACAGGAAGAGGGGGGUGUUCGCUUUUGCCCUGGCAAGGGAGGACGUUCUACCACACCCAGCAUUUUACCCCCCGACCCCUGAUCCCUGGACCGUGAGACUUGAACGAGCGCCACCCGUUCCUGAAGCCGCAAACUGACCGCUCAAAAAAAAAAGUUUUUCGUCAUGCACAACUCUUUUGGGUAUUUUUUCAUAAUGUGACUGGGAAGAAUAAACUAGCUCAAGUUUGGAACUUUUCCCACAACGGGUGUGCGUUUGAGCAGCGUUCCUGACACUUUGUAAAUCAUAUUGGCAAAUUUCUGAUUUUUAACAGAUGUCUUUUUGUUGUUUUAUCGUCAGCUUUCUAAUGUGAUGCCAGGGAUUUAAAAGCAUAAAAAAAAAAUGUUCAAAUCUUGGAAAUGUAUUUGUAUUUAUGAUUCUUCUGGUGGUUUUAUGCUUCUGUAUUUGCUAACAAGGGUAAAUUAAAAGUGGGACUAAAACCUACCCACAGACUGUUAAGUGCAAUUCAUUUUUAUUUAUUUCUUUUUUUUUCACUCCAAAGUUCCACAGGUAAGUCAGGUAUCUCAAAGGGAAAUAGAACUUCCACAACCUCUGUUUAAAAUAAGCUACAAAAUACAGGAUUAUCAGCACAUCUGGAAAGUUACUCUCAUCUACGUUAGCUAGGAUUACAUAUACCACUAUGCAAAGAUCACACAAAUAAAUAUUUAGCUUUUAGAAAUUUUAUCAAGACAUUUACACCAAAAAAACAACAAACAGGAACAAUUCAGUUUUCAUGAAAAAAAAAAGGAAGCAAUAUGACAGGAAUUGCAUUAUACGUAUUUAAAAAGUCUACAAUAAUUUUUAUCACAAAAAACCAGUGCAAAAAAAUUUGAAUUUUUUUAAUUUUAUUUGGAUUUACCUUUAGACUUUACUUACAAACACAACUAGUUCACCCUUGAUUAUUGUCCAAUGCUUCGUAUGCACUAUUGUACAUAUUUUAUAUAUGUUUUAUAUAAUCUUAUGGUGAAGUUGCUCCUUGUUGUAAAGUAUUUCGACUUUUAAAACAUCGAAAAAAACACCCAAAGACGUGUUGUAUGCGAACAAACUUUCAAAGUCUUUUUUAAAAAAUCCCUGUUUGAAAUCACUUUCAUUCUCUUUCAGUGGCUUCACUAAAAUUUUCAAUCCUUUUUCUUGUUUUUUUUUUCCCUAGCUCUAAGUUGGCAGUUAAAAAAGUGUCUUGCAGGUGCUUGUCAUGUACAGAAAUGAGAAACAGGGACUGUGUCCAUCAUUUUUAAAGAAUCUUGUUCCUCUUUUUAGCUCAAUGACUAUUGUAAGUCGACGGUGUUUUGAAUUGCUAUGGAGAAAAUAUUUUCAAGCUAUUUAUGCAUAUUUAAAUAAGCCUUGGCUAUAUUUUGCUAAGAUGUUUUUUUUUUUUUUUUUUUUUUUAUAAAGACACUAAAAUGUCCAUGUCCUUGUUUGUGUGUGCAAAAAAAAAAUCUUUUUUUUUUUUUAUAUAAAAGAAUGUGUGCUUAUGUGAUGUUUACUUUGUUAAUGAUCGCAAUUUAAUACAUUUAAAAUGGAAAAAGUCACUUAAAAAAAAAAACAACCAGUUUCAUUUGAUCACUUCCUAUGUGAAAGUACAGCAAAGUAAAAACAACUUUCAUAACCUUUAUGAGCAAAACAGUAAGCUUUUUCAUUUAAAUCAGAGUUUGUGAUGUGAGAAUGUUAAUGUUCUGGUGUGUGUGUGUAUAUAUAUAUAUAUAUAUA